CUUUUUUGACCCAUUUCGUGAGAUCGAAAGAUGAUAACUUUUUUUUUUCUUCUUUAUUCUUCUCCAUUCUGCAUCGGGAUCUUACGGGAGAGAGUGUUUUCAGUAUAUUAAAUUCGUAAAUUCCCAAGAAAAAAAAAAACACUGUUAAAAUUUUCUCAAAGUCGAUACUUUUUCUUCUCGAAGUCACAAUUCUCAAACCCUUAAUUGAAAUUGAAUCCAAAGAGAGAGAGAAAGAGAGGAUUUUGAUUAAUUUAAGUCUGGACCCUGAAGAAGUCCCCACACAAACAAAAGGCUUCGAUGGAUCCCAAGAACCUAAAUCGACACCAAGUACCAAAUUUCUUGAACCCAUCAUCACAUCCACCACCACCGCUGAACCAGGGCAUCGGAGAUAACGACGACAACGACGACAAUCGCAAAUCUACUGAGAUUAAAGAUUUCCAGAUCGUGGUCUCUGCUUCUUCCGACAAAGAACCGAACACCAACAACAACACUACUAUCAAGAAGAGUCAGAACCAGACCCAGCUUGGUCCUAAGAGAAGCUCUAACAAAGACAGACACACUAAAGUCGAAGGUAGAGGUCGAAGAAUCAGGAUGCCUGCUCUCUGUGCUGCUAGGAUUUUUCAACUGACUAGAGAAUUGGGUCACAAAUCUGAUGGUGAGACUAUCCAGUGGCUGCUUCAACAAGCUGAGCCGUCCAUUAUUGCAGCCACUGGUUCAGGAACCAUACCUGCCUCUGCUUUAGCUUCAGCUGCUGCCUCUGUCUCUAACCAUCAUCAUCAAGGUGGGUCUCUUACUGCUGGUUUAAUGAUCAGUCAUGACCUUGUAGACGGUGGUGGGUCUAGUAGUGGUAGACCACCGAAUUGGGGAAUUGGUGGCGGUGAAGGAGCUUCUUCUAGGUCUAAUUUGCCAACUGGGUUGUGGCCAAAUGUAGCUGGGUUUGGUUCUGGUGUGCCAACCACUGGUUUAAUGAGUGAAGGAGCUGGUUAUAGAAUUGGGUUUCCUGGGUUUGAUUUUCCUGGUGUUGGACCUAUGAGUUUUGCAUCUAUCUUGGGUGGUGCUGGUGGGAACAAUCAUCAGAUGCCUGGACUUGAGUUAGGGUUGUCUCAGGAAGGCAAUGUUGGUGUUUUGAAUCCACAGUCUUUUAAUCAGAUUUAUCAACAGAUGAGUCAAGCUCAGGUUCAAGCUCAAGCUCAGGCUCAAGCUCAAGGUAGGGUUCUUCACCAUAUUCAUCAUAACCAUGAAGAUCAUCAGCAAGAGAGUGGUGAGAAAGAUGAUUCUCAAUCUCAAGGCUCAGGGCGUUAAAAGCAUUGGGUUUUUUUUUGUUUUGUUUAUCUUCUGGAUUUGAAAAGCUUUUGGCUUUUUUGUUUUGUGAUAAUAUUGUUGUAAUUUGUACCACCAUGGAGAAGAAAAAGGAAAAAAAAGAAAAGGUUAUAAUAUACUGAGUGAGAGUGGUAGUCUAUACUUCUUGAAACCUCUGCAAAAACACAGGUGAGCGCAAUUUGAGGAUGAUGAUACAACUACAAGAGAGUGGAAUCUUCAAACUUUUUGUUUUCCGAGUGUUUGUGAUAAUUUUUUUUGGCAGUUGUUGUUUGAGCUUGCAGGUGGAGUUUGUUAAUACACACAGCCAGAGAUUUUUUGUUUGUUUGGAGUCUUUAGGUUCCAGAGAGGCUUGUUUUUUUUUAUUAUUACCUAUUCUGUGUUUUGUUACUUUUGAAUAUCAAGAAGAACCCGGCUUUUUCGAUA